ACUUGCCUGCUUCAGCUCCAGCCACCGCUUCUCAGCUGACAUGAAGGUGUUUGUGGCUGCCCUUGCCGUUCUCAUCGCUGCCUGCUGCUACCAGACCUCCGCUGCACCGAUUGGUUCUGACCCACCGACCUCCUGCUGCUUCACCUACACCUCCCGGCAGCUGCCCCGCAGCUUCGUGGUGGAGUACUAUGAGACCAACAGCCAGUGCUCCCAGCCAGCCGUGGUGUUUGUCACAAGGAGGGGCCGUGAAGUCUGCGCUAACCCUGAUGAGGGCUGGGUCAAGCAGUACAUGAACGAGCUGGAGCUGAACUGAGGUCCCAGGACAGACCCUGUCACCCGGUGUCCCCGGACUGCCGGGACGAGGGAACCACAGCCAGCUGCGGGCUCUGUCAGAAAUGCGUCAGUGUCACUUAAAGCUAGCUGAGAAAUUGAAAAUGUUCCAGAAUCUGACUUUAGUGUUUUGUUAUUUAAUUAUUUUUAUAGAGGAGGG